CAUGUCUUCAUGGUCACUGCCUGCCGGGAUCCUGACUAUGGCACUCUCAUCCAAAAGCUGUGUCUCACCCGCUUCGAGGAGGACAUGGAAGCCAUCGGAAAGACUCUGUGGUGUGACUGGGGGAAGACCAUAGGGAGCUACGGGGAGCUCACCUACUGUACCAAGCAUGUGGCAAACAAGAUUGGCUGUUUCUGGCCCAACCCAGAAGUAGACAAAUUCUUCAUCGCUGUCCACCAUCACUACUUCAGCAAAUGCCCCAUCUCUGGCAGAGCGCUGCGGGAUCCGCCCACCAGCAUCCUCUGCCCUUUCAUCAUGCUCCCCAUCACAGUCACACUGCUCAUGACUGCAUUGGUGGUCUGGAGGAGCAAGCACUCAGAGGGCAUCGUGUAGGUAUC